GACGGAUUGUGUAAUAUUUGUAUAUAUCUGUAUAUACACUGUUAUUGCGUAUAGAGUGUUCAGUCUUUAGGCAAAAAUAGUUGCCUGAUGAAAACAUGGCCGUUCUGUUGUGACGGAGUAACCAAUAAUGUUGAGAACAUCGUUGUAUUGAAAUUAAUUGUGAAACCUUAAAAUGUCUCAAAUUUUACGUACAUGUCGACCGGACAUUUUUCUGAUGUGUCGAUAUUACGGGAGUCAAAGAAAUCAGCAUAAUUAUUAUGAAACUCUACGUGUGUCACCGACAUCCUCACAGAAGGAAAUUCGAGAGGCUUUUAUAAAACGAUCUAAAGAAAUUCAUCCAGAUAGAGGUGACAAAGGUAGUCAUGAAGAAUUUGUUAAAUUAAAUGAAGCAUAUAAUACGCUUGGUAAAGAACAUACAAGGCUCCAAUAUGACAUGAGUAACAGAGUAAAUGAUAUUUCGAGUCAUACUGGUGCAGGGGCAGCGAGAAGACCACAGAGAGUUUAUAACAGGGUGUACACCUCUCGUGAAGAAUGGGAAAUAAGAAUGACAGGGAGACCUCGUACAGCGAGGCAGUAUGACCCAAAUAAUUACUAUGGAAUCACAGGAAUCAAACGUGUCUCGAAUUUACGGAUAGCUUUGUUACUUUUUAUUUUCUCUGCCGUUGGAGUAGCUCUUCAGUUCUUAGCUGUACAUAGAUCUGUUACGUUUCAAAGACAAAACUUAAUCAAUCGUAGCACAGAAUCAGAAAAACGUUUAGCAAGGAUUCAUACCGAAAGAGCAGGAACAUUGAGUGAACAACUAGAAAGAUUUGAGGAUCGAGUGCGCCAAAAGAAAGGUGUCAACCCAACUCGUUAAAUAAUUAACUGGCAAGUGCAAUUUAUGGUUGAGGUGCUGUGCUCUGAGUGACAUACAAGUAGUAGAUAAUUAUAUCUUUUAAAAUAGAACUAUUUAUUAAAUAUGAAUUGAAUUAAUUGAAAAUUUAGGACAAGUAAAAAUUUAUGAAUGAUACCAUUAUUAAGUUUCACACUUAACUGAGCUCUUUACUUUUAUUAUUUUAAAUAUAUCUAAUUAAAUCUGUGAUCUAAGCGAAGAUGUUAUACCCUCAAGCGGAUUUUAUUUUUAUGUACGACACUGUGAAUUACAAUUGCUCGUCUUGUAAAAUAAACUGUGUCAAUUGUACAGUUCGCAGAGGAAUUUCGAUAUUAAAGUUGUAUAAUGUGUAAUUACAAUGUCUCAAGUUCUAUUAUCAAACAAUCAUUGACAAUAAUUACUUUUUUAACGUA